AUGGACGCAAGAGUCCCGCUAUCACACUCGUUAUGGUCACCAUAUGAUACAGUCAAAGAUUCAGCAGACUCUUUAGGGAUCAAUCUCCCUGAUGAAGCCGCCAAAAACCUAGCAAUGGAUGUCGAAUAUCGUAUCCAUGAGAUCUUAGAAUUGGCAAUCAAAUUCAUGCGCCAUUCCAAAAGAAAACUAUUGAUGACUAGUGAUAUUGACUAUGCUUUGAAAAUCCUCAAUGUUGAGCCUUUAUACGGUUACGAUAAUUCACAACCAAUAAAUUUCAAAGAAACAAUGGUUGGAGCUGGUGGUCAAACAUUGUAUUAUCUCGAUGAUCAAGAAAUUGAAUUUGAGAAAUUGAUUAAUCAAGAGUUACCAAAAGUGCCACGAAGAUGUAAUUUCACUGCUCACUGGUUGGCUAUUGAAGGGGUUCAGCCUAUGGUUCCUCAAAAUCCAUUGCCUUCAGAUAUAAAGAAUUUACCACCAGCGAUACGAGGUGCCACUUCAUCGUAUUUGGGUAAUGACAUCUUGACAUUGGGAAGUAACUCUGCCUCGGGAGUUGAUGGACAGGAUGGUACUGAAGAUGGAUCAAAGAAUAAGAACCCAACUGAUAAAGAAUUUGACACUAAACCAUUAGUCAAGCAUGUUCUUUCCAAGGAAUUGAAAUUGUACUUUGAUAAAGUUGUUGAAGUUUUAAUUUCAACUGAUCCCGAAAAGGAAAGUUUGAAAAAUGCCGCUUUAACAUCAUUGAAAUCUGAUCCUGGUUUACAUCAAUUGGUUCCCUACUUUAUUCAAUUUGUAGCUGAACAAAUCACCAAUGAGUUACGAAACAUUGAAAUUUUAUCAACCAUGUUGGAAGUGAUUUCGGCAUUGGCUGAUAACAAGACGAUUUUCCUUGAUCCCUAUGUCCAUGCAUUAAUGCCAUGUAUCUUGACUUUAUUAUUGGCAAAACGUAUUGGACCCAUAAUUAAUAAAUCAGCUGAGAAUUAUCAAGAAGCAUUGAGAGAUCAAUUGACUAUACGUGAAUUUGCUGCUAUAUUACUCGAACAUAUAAUCAAAGUGCAUGGCUCUUCAUAUUCAACAUUACGACCAAGAGUAACGCGUACUUUAUUACGAGCGCUACUUGAUUCAACUAAACCGGUGGGGACUCAAUACGGUGCAUUGUUGGGGUUGAGAAAUUUCGGUAAUGAAGUAUUGAAAUUGGUUCUUGUUGGUAAUUUGAAAAUUUGGUAUAAAUCAGUAGUUGAGCAAAAUCAAUCACAAUUUGAACGCGAUAUUUUGAUAAAUACCGUGCUUGAUAUACUACGGAAACUCAGUGUGAAGGUUGAAUCUAGUGCAAAUGGAGAUAACAUGGAUGUGGAUGAUGUUGAUGUUGACUCUGGUUUAUCUGAUGAAAUCAAGGACAAGUUGAAACAAAGGAUUGGCGAGCCAUUGGCUGAAUUGGUGCUAAAACAGCAAGAUGCUAAAGAUAUAACAAGAGGUAUAUUCUUUGGCGAAGUCGCAGUAUAA